CUAUGCACUAAAAUUGACCAAAACGCUUGCCCCACAGUCGCUUGUGACGUGUUGUUUUUUGUAAAACUAUGUUUUUUAACCACUAAAAGGGUGAUAGUUUCUUAAAGAUCCAUUAAAUUCGACCUUUAUAGACGGCCGCCACACAACAACCGCAAUGCUGACCCUUCGGGAACGCCAAAUCAAUGCCAUUAAGCAGAUGCUUAAUUUGAACUCACAGCAGCCAAAAGCCCUAGCUGCGGAGCCCGUGUGGAAGAUCCUGAUCUACGAUCGCGUGGGCCAGGACAUUAUUUCGCCAAUUAUUUCCAUCAAGGAGCUGCGCGAAUUGGGCGUGACCCUGCAUGUACAACUCCACUCCGAUCGCGACUCCAUUCCGGACGUGCCGGCAAUAUACUUUUGCCUGCCCACCGACGAGAAUCUGGACAGGAUUCAGCAGGACUUCUCAAACGGACUAUACGAUGUGUACCACCUGAACUUCCUGGCUCCUAUUACGCGCAGUAAAAUCGAGAAUCUGGCCGCUGCCGCCUUGCACGCCGGUUGCGUAGCGAACAUCCAUCGUGUCUACGAUCAGUAUGUGAACUUCAUCAGCCUGGAAGACGAUUUCUUCGUGCUGAAGCACCAGCAAAGCGAGCAGCUCUCCUACUACGCCAUCAACCGAGCCAACACCCGGGAUGACGAGAUGGAGGCCCUGAUGGACUCCAUUGUAGAUUCGCUCUUCGCCUUGUUCGUGACCCUGGGCAAUGUGCCCAUCAUCCGCUGUCCGCGAAACAGUGCCGCCGAGAUGGUGGCCCGCAAGCUGGAGAAGAAGCUGCGCGAGAAUCUCUGGGAUGCGCGUGCCAAUCUGUUCCACAUGGAUGCCACGCAGGCGGGCGGCGGAGUGUUCAGCUUCCAGCGACCCGUUCUGCUGUUGCUGGACAGGAACAUGGAUCUAGCCACUCCACUGCAUCACACCUGGUCAUACCAGGCGCUAGUUCACGACGUUCUGGACUUGGGACUGAAUCUGGUCUACGUGGAGGAUGAGUCGGCGAGUGCGGGAGCCCGCAAGAAGCCCAAGGCGUGCGAUUUGGACCGAAACGACCGCUUUUGGAUGACGCACAAGGGCAGUCCGUUUCCCACGGUGGCCGAGGCCAUCCAAGAGGAACUGGAGUCCUACCGCAAUUCCGAGGAGGAGAUCAAGCGCCUGAAGACCUCGAUGGGCAUUGAGGGCGAGUCGGACAUUGCCUUCUCGCUGGUCAACGACACCACCACCCGGCUGACAAACGCCGUCAAUUCGCUGCCGCAGCUGAUGGAGAAGAAGCGACUGAUCGACAUGCACACCAAGAUCGCCACCGCCAUCCUGAAUUUCAUUAAGGCACGACGACUGGAUUCGUACUUUGAGAUCGAGGAGAAGGUCAUGUCGAAACAGACACUGGACAAGCCGCUGUUGGAUCUUCUGCGGGAUGGAGAGUUUGGCCAGGCGGAGGACAAGCUGCGCCUGUACAUCAUCUACUUCAUCUGCGCCCAGCAGCUGCCCGAAUCCGAGCAGGAGCGGCUCAAGGAGGCGCUGCAGGCGGCCGGUUGUGAUCUGACUGCUCUGGCGUACGUGCAGCGCUGGAAGGGGAUCAUGAACCGCUCGCCGGGCAUCAGCCAGGCCACUCAGUACGAGGGCGGCGGCACCAAGACUGUGUCCAUGUUCACUAAGCUCGUCUCGCAGGGCAGCUCCUUCGUGAUGGAGGGCGUCAAGAAUCUGGUGGUUAAGCGGCAUAAUCUUCCUGUUACCAAGAUCACCGAGCAGGUGAUGGAAUGCCGCAGCAACGCGGAGACGGACGACUACCUGUAUCUGGAUCCCAAGCUUCUCAAGGGUGGCGACGUGCUGCCCAAGAACCGGGCUCCCUUCCAGGACGCCGUGGUCUUCAUGGUCGGCGGCGGCAACUACAUCGAGUACCAGAAUUUGGUGGACUUCAUCAAACAGAAGCAAACGUCCAAUGUGCAACGGCGGAUCAUUUACGGGGCUUCCACGCUGACCAACGCGAGGCAGUUCCUCAAGGAGCUGUCUGCCUUGGGCAGCGAGAUCCAGUCGCCGACGGCGACGAGUUAGGAGCGACUGCUCCGAUUCCAUUGCUGCUGAGCGGAGUGGACCGGGUUCUGGGUGCAAGUGCAUGUGUGUCUGUGUGGCUUCUUUCGUUUACUUUAAGCAUAUCCAAAAAUAAAUUAAAUGCCAGGCAAAAAA